AAAGGCGGGCUAUGACUAAAAGUCCCAAGAAACACGCUCAUGACCACAGAGUAUCAACCAAAUUCUCAUGUGAGUCCUAAAACGUACCUUUUGGGACCAUAUCUACAUUUUAUUUGUACGUUCGAGCUGGGGAGCAGCCAUACAGAUAAGUGUACAUUUUGUACAAAUGCUUGUCGUGGAAACUGUCGCUUUGUGGUGAAAGUCUGUUGCCACAUGCACGUACGUGGGUCGUGCUCACCGUGGGAUUGUCUGCAUCAAGAGUGAAGAGACUGUCAAGAAGAAAAACACCAAGAAGGGUGGGAUGAGACCUUUCAUGUAAGCCAUGAUGUCAAAAGGAAGACAAAGAAGAAUGCAAGACAGUGAACGGAGCACGCACGGGUUCAUGUUUGCUUACCUUCUCCUCCUGGCUUCACCGUGCACAUGCUUCCUCCCCAACUUCUGGUCACGGGUAUUGACGCUGUCCUGGGACUCGUACACACACCAGUACAUCACUGAGCAGGCCAUCCUUAAUGUGACCCUGGACACUCUGCAACAGCACCAAGGUCACCAUGAUGAGAAAGAGGACAGACUGGGACGAAGCUUCUGGAGGGCUGUGGGGGAGGUGGUUCAUUCCAAUGCUGAAAUGGACUUUCUGAGCUCCACUAGGUCUGACCCCGUGUACCACUUUGAUUCCGAACGGGUCGAGAGUGCAGUGGCAAUGCUGCGACAGUUCUGGGCUCAUACUCUGCUGUCAGUGCGGGCCAAUGAGUACCAAAGUGCUCGUCAAAGCUUGGGACAACUAUUUCACUCCCUGCAGGACUUCUACAGUCACAGUAACUGGGUGGAGAUGGGCCAGCGCUCCAUUUACCUCCACCUGCUACAGCCAAAGGAGCCAGCCAUCCCUGUAGCUGAAGGUGACACACCCACCUGUAUGGAGUGCUUUAGCGCCACCUGUCGAAAUAACCUCCUUCCAAGACUCACAAGUACACAGAGGGACUCACAGCUGCUCACAACUGGCUAUUUCAGCACCUUCCCUCCAAAACCUAAAGGCAAAUGCAGUCACGGAGGUAUGCUGGACAGCAGCCGCACUGUGGGGGCCAAAGGAGGCAUCAACAAAGACAGCACAUCACCCCUCUUCUCCCCUCAUCAUUACCUCCACGCGGAAGCAGCCAAGCUGGCCUCCGAAGCUACACUGACUGUACUGAGAGAUCUCAGGGACACAGUGGGGCACAAGACCUUCCUCAGGCUUUUCAGCGUGAAGCAGGCACCCGCUCUGGUUUUUGUCAUUGACACUACAGGGAGCAUGUUUGAGGAAAUCACAGCGGCUCGAAUGCGGGCUUACUCCAUCAUUCAGAACCGAGCAGACCUUUCUUGCCGACCUGGAAGCUUCUUGCUGAUACCCUUCCAUGACCCUGAAGUCGGUCCGGUGUAUGAGACUGAUGACCCGAACCAGUUUAUGGAGCACAUGGAGAACUUGAUGGCCCUUGGAGGAGGAGAUGAACCAGAGAUGUGCUUCACAGCCAUUCAGUUGGCCCUCACUCACAGCCCACCACUCUCAGAGAUCUUUGUGUUCACCGAUGCCUCCCCCAAGGACGCUCACCUGUUUGACGUGGUGAAGGCCCUCGCAUUUACCAAACAGAGCAAAGUGACAUUUCUCCUAACAGAGGACCCUAAUUACACCAUAAAGAGCAUAAUGAGGAGGAGAAAAAGGAGGGCAGAACCUUUGACCGCUGAUCGCUUCUCCCUCUACUCGGCGCUGUCGUCCUCGUCGGGAGGACUGACGAUAUUCACCAGCAACUCUGACAUCCACAGCGUCUCAGCGAUAGUGGAGGACAACACAGCAGCAGAAAAGGUGACUCUCCUCCAUGUUGAGACAGACCAAGAGCAGAUGUCCUCGCACUCUUUCAGGGUCGACAGCGCCGUUAAUGAUGUCACCGUACACAUUACUGGUCUAUUGAGCAAUUGCAUCCUUAUCGAUCCCUCAGGCCAAACUCAGUCGCUGCUGAGUGAGCAAGGCUCUCUGGCUUCUCUCGAGGUCUUCAAAGGUCUGUACCGUGUUCGUCUUCUGCCUCCUAUCCAGCCGGGCCAGUGGUACCUGCAUGCUCAGGCUGACGGACAUGUCACAUUCAACAUAAUAGCUGAGAGCAGUGUGGAUUUCCUGUAUUAUUUUGCCACUGUAACCAACGAGACUCACCCUGGAUUAGCCAGAGUAGAGGGCAGUCCUGUGUCAGGUGUCCCUGCUUUCCUUGUGCUGGCCGUGACUGGCCUGUCUCCUUAUGACAAGGAGGUCUCGUUCAGUCAUGUGACGCUGCUAGGAGCAGAAGGGGAAAGCCUGAAGAAGGUCUUGCUCAACUCCUCCUCCUCCUCUGUGUUGUCAAGCUAUGCCACGGUAGAUCUGAUUGGCUGGGUGGACUCAAUUCCGAGAGCUCCCUUCUGUGUCCGCCUCACGGGCCGAGACGGCGGGGGAAAUAAGCUGGAAAGGGUCGCCACGGAAAUGGUGCAGCCCACUCGUGUUCAGAUACAGGUCCUUUCCACACCCGCUCUGGUACCUGGUCACAGCACCACUGUGGAUUUCAACAUCCUCAACCACGGCCCGGACAGACUGUUCAGUCUGACAGCUGAGGAUGAUUCUGGAUAUCUCCACACGAAAGGACCUCACAGGUUCCAUGUUGCUAGCCACAAACCUUUCCACAGUCAGGUGGGCCUUCACACACCUGCCUCAGCUCAGGCCGGAGCGACAGUUACGCUGACACUCUCAGUGUACGCUCUCAACUCUGCAGACACAAACUACGCGGUGGCCUACUUGACAGUGGUUCCACCUGACUCAGACACAUCUCCUCCAUCAUGCUCGGCCACACGACUGCAGUCCUCCUGUUCCCCAGCUUGCAAUGAGUCCACCUGGAGUGUGUCACUGGCUGUGUCGGACAGCGGCCGUUCCGGCCUGGCCGCUCUCCAACUACACAAGGGACAAGGGACUUUAACUUUAUUCCCACCGGUCACAGGAGGUAAACUGGGUGAGGCUCAUCCUGACCAACAUGUCCAGCACAAGGUCACAUUAGAGGUGCGAGACGCCCCUUUGAACGUGUCCGACUGGGAGCUGGGCUCAUCGGGGCCCCUGUGGGUGCGCUAUACUUCCAGCUGUUGCUCGGUCGAGGCUGAGCUGCUGGUGUGGGACACUGCUGGAAACAUGAAGCGCUGCCAUCUUGCAUCUAGUCAGCAGAGGCAGCUGAGUGACACAAGGACAGAAUAUAGUGGAGGUGGGCCUAUUACGCCCACUAGCUUCUCUUUCUUAAUGUUGCUUCUGCUCUGCUUUGACCUGUUUUGACCAUGCAGGUCCAAAAUUGCUGUUCUUUUUAGCAUAUUACUGCAGGAAUGUAGAAAAUUGAAUGCUUAUUGAAAAUGCACUGAAUAAACCGAAUUUAUUCUUUUA